AUGCCCUCUUUCAUCUCAUCCAACCCCUCGGACGCUCGUCCCAAAGUGCUCGUCCUCGGCGACCCGAAGUACCUCGACCCGGACUACCUAUCCGCGUUCAAAAAGUCCUACGACGUCACUAUCCUCCCCACCCCCACCACCCGCCCGCACCUCCUCUCCACCACCCUGCCUGCGACCGUCACCACCCACGGCCCCUUCGCCGCCCUCAUCACCCGCCUCGACGCCACCUCCUCCCCCUACGCCCCCUUCGACGCCACUUUCUUCACCCCGUUCCUCCCGCACCUCCGCGUCGUCGCAUCCGGCCAAGCCGGCGCCGACGCCUUUGACGUCGCGUGGCUGACGCGCCGCGGGGUGUGGUUCUGCAACACGCGCAACGCGGUCGCGGAGGCGACGGCGGAUUGGGCGGUUGGGUUGGUGUUGGCGGUGGUGCGGGAUGCGUGGGGGUUGAGCGCGGGGAUGAGGAGGGGGGAGUGGAGGGGCGGGUAUGGCGGCGGUGGGGGGAGGUUGGUCAGGGAUCCGGGGGAUUUGGUGUUGGGCGUGGUGGGGAUGGGGGCGAUUGGGAGGAGGGUGGCGAGGAAGUGUGUGGCGGCGUUUGGGAUGAGGGUGGUGUAUUAUGCGAGGGGUGGGGGGAGGUUGGGGAGGGAGGAAGAGGAGGAGGUUGUGAAAGGAGGCUGCAGUGCGGAGGAGGGGAAGGGAAGAGAGGUGCUUAGGUGUUGCGAGACUUUGGAGGAGUUGCUGCGGUCUUGCGAUGUUUUGUCUCUGCAUUGCCCGCUUACGCCCGAGACCGAGGGGCUCAUCGGGGCCGAGCAGUUGCGGUUGAUGAAGAGGGGCUCGUUUGUGGUCAACACUUCGCGCGGCGGCGUGGUUGACGAGGCUGCGCUUAUCGAGGCGUUGGAGAGCGGGCAUAUUGAAAGAGCUGGGCUGGAUGUGUUUGAAGACGAAGGCGAGGACGGCAAGGGAAUAAGGCAGUAUUGGCUGGAGAGCGAGAGAGUUGUGGUGCAGCCCCAUGUGGGCGGUCUGACCGAGGGAAGCUUGCGGAGGGCGCAGAAAGAGGCCUUCGAGAACGUUCGAAGCUAUUUCGAGACGGGGCGGCCGGUAGCACCCUUUAAUGAGUUGAAACCUAGCAGCUAA